AUGGACCCCUUUGUUGGAGCCUGUACGGUUCCUGGGCCCUUUGACGACACACUUUUCCAGGUGCGAGACUUUUCGCAACAUGGUAAUCUACGAAUCCCACCGCUACGGGGUCCUAUUCCCUCCCACCCGCUGCAAGCCCCCUUUCCUCUCGAACCCAAUGCGGGCGGGACUAGAGAAGCGGCAUCUAUCCCGAAAACCUCUCUCAUUAGUGGAAACCCUCCCGCUGAACUUCCUACGUUGGAAGACUUUUUAAACGCAGCCCGCACCUGCGAUUCAGCGUCCCAUGCACUCCCCAGGGCGGCAUCAAGCUCAGAUCCUCCCCCAAAGACCAUUCUUCCCACUUUCAUCAACCUUCGUGCCAUCGAGAAAUUACCCUAUGCAUCAUUCGAUGAGGAGGUUCCGAGAAAGCGGCGUCGGUUAGAUGUAAACGGUGACAUUUUCGGGGAACAUCUUCAACUUCCUAUUCCAAAAAAUCAAAAGGAGAAUACUAAACGUCCUCCUUUUGGACCUUUAACGAUAUUAAACGGUUUAAAUGAACCUCCUCCAAAUGCUGCCUUGUUUCCACCUAUUGAGCCUAAUGGUACCCCCACAAUUCUUACGCGACCAACUCGGGAUACCCCUGUCCCACAUGAUGUCACCCUUGGGGAUACAGUUGCAGAGCGAAGAGGAGGGCGGAUUAAUGACAUUAUUGAGCCGAGCGUUGAAGAGGUUGGUGAGCCCAUGUUGGAGAAUGGUGACGACCUUACUGUCACUCGACAAGCAGCUUCCCAAGAGGUAACUGAGAUGCCUGAAAAGGAACCUGGGUCACCAAAAUCUCAGCAUCGAACAAGGAGAAAGCUGCGAAAAUGGACAGAAGAAGAAACAAGAGAUUUAUUACGAGGAGUUGUGAAGUGUGGGGUUGGAAAUUGGACAGCAAUUCUUACCCAGCCUGAACUUAAAUUUAAUAAACGAACAGCUGCAAAUCUAAAAGAUAGGUUCCGCGUUUGCUGUCCAUGGAUUUAUGGAUCAGAGCAGAACACCAACGAAGCAGUGAAAAAUGUCCUCACAGAGGCUUCAAAUGGGGCAGAAGCCAGCUUAUCCGGCAAAAUUUUUCUUCCGGAUCCAAGAUUCAGCAAAAAUAAGAAACAACAGAAUGCAGUCUCUACAGCAAGUGUUCUGAAACCUGUUAACCAGACCACUCCUCGAUCUGCACCUCCCAGCUUCACUACGGAUUGGGCUCCGAAAACAACUUCAGGUCUUAUUAAAUUGACAACCAAGCACGCCCAAUCUGCGUCAGCUAAAGCCAGCCAAACACUAUCUAGUAAAUCCAAAUCAACACUUGUGUCCCUUGGCCUCCAGGAACCCUACUUGGGCAUUAAGUCGAACAGACGUUCUCGCCGCCCGUUUACACCUGCAGAGGAUGAGGCCCUCCUCAAAGGCUACGCCGUUCACGGGUUCCAGUGGACACAGAUUCGGCAAGAUAAACACUUGGACUUGAUGCACAGGAAAGCAACAGAUCUCAGGGAUCGUUUCCGAACAAAAUUCCCGGACGUGUAUCGGGAAGGCGGUUCCGUAAACGCGAAACCCGUUGAACUUGGUAAAAGUGAUGCAGGUGGUGAACUCCCAAGUCCUGAAUCCCAUUCGUGUUGCAAUGGCGUCGCGAAAGCGAACGCCGCAUCCUUUUAUAGACAACCCAAAGCAGCCCCUCCUGGCGGCCAAUAUGAUGUUAUCGACUCUGGGCCUGCUAGGAGACGUUCCUCUCAAUCCCCUUCCAAUAAUUUUGCCUCUUCGAAACCCCUCCCUCCGCCGCCUCCACCUCCUUUGCCUGACAUGCCUAGCAUUACCAACGCCUCUCUAUUCUCAUUUCAAAUGGAAGAUGUGGAUGCCAGCUGGGGCGGUAAUACCCUGCCUCCGCUCGUUUGGGAUGAGCUGGCGUAG